AUGCAGCUCUCGCUGCUGCUGCUCUUCUCGACCUGCUGGUGGACGUUGGGGCCGGUAAAAAGUAUUCACCCAGAAUGCAGAAUGCAACAGGAACUCUAUCAAGAAGAAAAAAAGUGUAUGGAACUUUUAAAGAAUGCCAAUACAGUGAGUUUAACAGGAUGUGUUGGGGUCUGGGAUAACAUUACCUGCUGGCGUUCUGCAGAAAUUGGAGAAACUGUAACAGUCCCCUGUCCGAAAAUCUUCAGCAAAUUUUUCAACAAACAAGGAAAUAUCAGCAAAAACUGUACAAGUACAGGAUGGUCAGAGAUAUUUCCACAUUUUUUCGUUGCUUGUGGAUUCGAAGAUAUUGAAGACAACCCGGUUUUCUAUGUUUGGGUGAAAGCAAUUUAUACCCUCGGACACAGUGUUUCUCUCAUUGCUCUGAUCACAGGAAGCAUCAUUCUUUGCGUUUUCAGGAAACUUCACUGCACUCGGAACUACAUACAUUUGAAUCUGUUCCUGUCUUUCAUUUUAAAGGCAAUCGCUGUCUUAGUUAAAGAUGGAAUCCUCUAUUCCGACACUAGCCCAGCUAAGUGUUCAGAUCAUGCUUCUUGGGUCGGCUGCAAGGCUAGCUUGGUAUUUUUCCAGUACUGUGUAAUGGCCAACUUUUAUUGGCUCUUAGUUGAAGGACUUUAUCUCCACAUCCUCCUUAUGAUCAUGUUCUCUUCUAACAGACACUUCUCCGCAUAUCUCCUUACUGGAUGGGGAAUCCCUACAAUUUUCAUCAUCAUAUGGAUAAUAACUAGAGUUUAUCUAGACAACAAUGGUUGCUGGGAUACAAAUGAUCAUAGUGCUCCUUGGUGGAUUAUACGAGUACCAAUCCUAAUUUCCAUUUUAGUAAAUUUUGUCAUUUUCAUUAGCAUAAUAAGAAUUCUGCUGCAGAAGUUAAGAUCGCCAGAUGUGGGAGGCAAUGAGCAAUCACAAUACAAGAGACUUGCAAAAUCAACGUUGCUUCUGAUUCCACUCUUUGGUGUUCACUAUGUGGUUUUUGCAGUCUUUGGCGUUUCUAAAAAGUACCAGAUAGUUUUUGAAUUAUGUCUGGGUUCAUUUCAGGGACUGGUUGUUGCGAUCCUGUACUGCUUUCUGAACAGUGAAGUUCGAGGAGAGCUGAAAAGAAAAUGGAAGAGCUGGUAUCUGAAUGAAAGACUGAGCCGCGAUUACAAAGUUCACAGGUCUUCUGUUUUUCCAAAUGACUCAGAAGGUGGACCCCAGUUGCAUCGCAAUUCAGCCACACAGUUUUCUUCUCAAACAGAAACCUCGGUGAUAUAAGUCAUCUAGGUGCCUACAGAAAAACUACGGGGAAUGUCCCUGGGUAUAUAGUUCAUUCAUUGCGCUAUUUUCUAAUGUGUCGAGUUUGUAUUCCACUUUAUUUGUAUGUCAAGAUAGAGGGAUUUCCAGCCUAAUGACAGCUAUCUUUUGUUUUUAGAAUUGCUUUUAGAACUUGGUUAUGAUGAAACCCUUUUUCAUCUAUUAAUUCCCGCAUUCCCAAACUGUGUAUGCUGCAAAUAGCUGUAAUAAUUUAAUAGUUACCAUCCACAUUUAGUUUAAACCUCUGGAAAGUCAUCAAAUCAUGCAGCAACUAGUCUCAUCUGUUGAAGAAAUGUUUCUUUUAACAAAAUUGGUUCCAAAGACUAUAUAUUUAGAUAUUGCUAAAGUUGUUGUCCUUUUGCAGAAUCUUGAAUCUCAUUGGAGUAAAUUCUGUGCAGGUAGUCCUUUUUGGCAACCAUAAUUGGGACCAGCAACUUGGUCAUUAAGCGAAAUAGUCUCUUAAGUGAAACAUGAUUUUAUGAUCUUCAGCUUUCCUUUGCUUCACUGACCUAUGAAGCUCUUAAAUGGGAGGACUGGUCACAAAGUUUUUCAUUACCAUUUUAAUUGUGAAUAGUCACUAAGCAGGACAGUCGCUAAAGGAGGACUACCUGUAGAGAAGCCUGCUGCUUAUAUUUGCAAUAUCAUUUAAUAAAAACCAUGAAUUUGCUUCGUCUUUAGGACCGAGAAGGGUCAUAUGUACAUAGCAUUGGCUUUCCAUCACAAACAAGCUAUUUAUGGAGAUGUGAUUAUGACCAUAGUAUUGGAGCUUAUGGUCACAGCUUGUUUAAGUUGUCAUGUAGGUGAACACUUGGAAGGGAUUUGAAUGCAAAGUAAAAAUGGAAAACUAAAUGUUAAGUAUUUGUGGGUUAUCACAGCAGAUUGUACUUUCCUGGCAUGAUGGAAUAGAUGGGAAAGCAUUUGGAGAAGGAAACAAAUUCAGUAUCAACCUUUUUUUUAACCGUUUCUGUGAUCUUCCAAAUGCUGUCAUUUAUCAGUUUUCUCAUAUGUUGGCUUUAAUACUAUUUAUUGUGUGCCUUUUUUAUAUCCCCUGAAAUGUAAUGCAUUUUGACUAUUCCCAAUGCUUUCCUUUUUGUUAGCUUCUGUGGAUUUCUGUAAAAUAAGACUAAAGCACUUACUGAGCGACGUCCCUGCCACCUCUCCAUAAUGUUGUCCGAUUUUAUUAGAUUUCUAUUUGUUUUUAAUGCCUGGCCAUGGGAUCCCAACAAAAAAAUUCCAAUCUCUUCUUUAUGAAGAGAGGGGCCAUCAACACUAAAAGUGUAGCCAUAACAAAAGUCUUCUGUUUUGAGAUGUGUUGGGUUUACAGCUUCCAACACAACUUAUUUCAUUAGAUUGCACUUUUACAAUGCUUGAAAAGAACAAUGAUCAACCUUUGUGCCUAGGGCCAGGCAGUGGACCCCAAAACAAAUAAUUUCCCUGAUUAGUUUCAUUUUUAGAUUAAUAUUUAUUAUGGUAUUUCAUCCAGAAUAAUAGUAACUCAAUUAUUUUCAGUUUUAGGGUGCCUUCUCCAUUAUGAGUCUAAAAUACUUUGCUUUAGAAUAUUCAGCAUAUUUCAUUAUUUGAUGUCAAUGACUUUUACAACACAACCAUAUUAAAAUAUUCUGAUGGUUCUGAAUGGAAAUAAGGCAUAGUGAUGAGCUAAGGUAAUAUUUUUCAAGAUGCUGGGCUUUAAAUGCAUUUGACUAUUAUUUCCAGACUUCCUGGUCAGCCAAUAAGAAUUCUGGGAGAAUGCAUUCAUAUACAGGUGGUCCUCAUUAAUAUACUGCCUUGUUCACAGUUACAAAAUUGUUGAAAAAGUAACUUUGCAGCCAAUUCUCACAUUUAAAACCUUUGCAAGUCUUUAAAACAAAAGAAAGCUGAAGUAAGAUCAUAAGCACAGUCACCAGUUUUACUAAACAAGUUCUUUAUGUAAUAAUGGAAUUGCUAUUCCCAGUUGUGAUUGCUAAAUGAGAACGAUCUGUGUUUGAAAUCUUCAAAUUCUAGAUCAGGAGUGUCAAAUUAGUGUCAUCAUGGAGUCGUCACGUGACAUUUCAUGAUGUCCCCCCCCCCUUGUUAAACCAGGCUUUUCCAUGGCCAGCACAUGAUGCAUACGGCCCACAUUUGACAUCCCUGUUCUAGAUAGUUAGUCUAAAACCAGUUAAUAUCUUUGGAACAGCAAUUUGCUUUAAAAUCAGAAAUCAGGCAUAUAUUCCUGGAAGCAGGUUCCAUAAAUUCUUCAGAGUGUUGCCUCUCUUUAGCUAUUGUGCUAAAGCUGUUCUAUAUAUGCUGAACGUUUUUUUAAUUAAUUAGUAUUUUCUUUCUUUUAUUGCCCCCGGAAUGAAAAAGCUAGUUUUCUUAAAGAAUGCACCCUCUUAUAAAAGUCGAAAUAAAAAGCAUAAUUCUGCAUACUCAUAAUGCUUUUUUG